CUUUGCAAGCACAACUGCUAUUUUUCAUUCCGAACCGAACGAGAGGCCCUUAAAAAUUUCAAAAUCAUACCAAAUAUAUCGAGAUGGCUGUAAACCCCCUACCAUCGCCGCAAGUGGCCGUCCACCCGGCGGUGCGGCCGCUGUCUUACUUGCUGGGCACGUGGAAAGGCCAAGGUGAGGGCCGUUUCUCGACCAUCUCCCCUUUCAAGUAUUCCGAGGAGCUUCAAUUCUCACACUCCCCCAACAAGCCAGUGAUAGGUUAUUCUUCAAAGACAUGGAAAUUGAGCAGCGGUGAGCCGAUGCACUCGGAGAGUGGGUAUUGGCGGCCGAAGCAUGACGGCUCCAUUGAAGUUGUUAUUGCACAGAGCACUGGCCUCGUCGAAGUCCAGAAAGGGGAGUAUGAUGCAGAAAAGCGAAGUGUGAAGCUAAAGAGUGAACUUGUUGGGAAUGCUUCAAAGGUGAAAGAGAUAACUCGAGUCUUUGAAAUCGUAAACGGUGAAUUGGCUUACGUGGUUGAGAUGGCAACGAAUCUCACAAGCCUACAGACACACUUGAAGGCCGUUCUCAAGAAAAUUUGAUGCAACCUCACCAGGUUCGUGUUAAUAAAUAUAAUGAGAUCAGUUAACAAAUGCAUGACGCUGCUACUGCUGUUGUACAUUGUGUUAAAAAAUGAAUAUCAAUUAUGAUAUUAUUGUGACACAUUGUUUAUGAAACUAAUAAAUAACAAAUAUACAUUAAUUUUUUCCUUAAUUCCAUCCAAUAUACUAUGCUUUAUUCUGAUUUUAUGUAAGUUACCUUUUAUAAAAGUAAAUAUAUGUGAGUAUAAAAUGGGCAAAAACCACACUGAAAUCGGUCUAGGGUGGCCAACAGUAAAAGAACUCCAUGUAUAAAAGAAAAGAAAAGUCCAUUAAAAAAGCCAAAAAUUUGGGUAUUUGCUAUUUUCCAUGUUCUUUUCACAGUUCUGAAAAUCCGGCAGGGAAUCGGUCUACUUACCAGUCUGAUUCUCUUGAAA